UCAUUUCUUGCAUGACAUUAUUUUACGUCGCUUUGAGAAUGACUAGCAAAUACAAGUUAUGAAAACUCCAGAUCAAGAAAAUAUAUAUUGGGUGCAAUGCAAAAAUAUGUUACUUCAGUAGAUCUGUAAGAAAGUAGGUUGGAAAUGGCGACUUUGCAGAUUUCUCCAGCUUCCAGGAGUGAGCUGUCCAAGCUCCUAACAGGAGGUAUCCUUAGGGAUAAAUUCCACAACCUCUUUCAGUGGUGCGAUGAAGAGAACAUCAAAAACAAAAAAUUGAAAAAUGAUAAGAAAAAAGGAAAGAAGAAAUCCAAGAGCAAAUCUAAAGAGAAAAAGAACAAGCAAAGAGACAAAAGUCCUGAAUCAACAGAAAUUCAUCGGAUAAGUGUUGACCUUUAUGCCAACCCCUCCCUGUUUACUGUGUAUGCAGCAGUAAGACAAACUGUAUUGGAACAAUGCAUGAAUGAAGCCACUCAUAUCUACCACCAGAGUAUAUCUCCAGCUACAGAUUCUGACAGUGAUGAAGAAGGAGAGGAAAAAUCUAAAGAACUGGCCAUCAAAUUGCCAAAGAUUGUUGGCCUGGGCCUGUGUGGGGUUUUUGAGCUUAUUAGAGAAACCAGAAAUAAGUACCCUGACCUUUGUAUCAAAGCUCUGAGAGCUUUGUUAGAUCUAUUACAAGGACAGUACCCAGAGAGUAUGAAGACAGAACCACUAGAUGUUGUGUCUGGACUGUUUGAACUGUUGAUGGAGUUGACGUGUAAUCCCAGUUUUGACCCUGACCUGCCUUCUUUGGCCUGUUCUUCCCUGAUUAGUCUGGUCAUUGCUCUGGGAGAUACCAGUAAAAUACUCACUGCUGUGUCAGCCAUACUGAUGAAUCCCAGACCACAACUGUCCCAUCAAAUCAUGGUGCCUGGUAUCCUGACCCUACUACAGAGGAGUGUCCAGGCAGUACUUCUGGGUAAAUCAGCACUACCUGAUUGGUUCAGCCAGGGAAUUAAGACAGCAGCCAGAAUUGACAAGUUCCCUGUAGAAGCUUUAAUGGGAUAUCAUCACACCAAUGGCCUGAAUAACAUUCCCAGCGCGAUUGCCUGUGAUGGACAAUACCUGUAUCUUCUCAACUCUAGUGGCCUCUUUAAAGUGGGAUCUGGAUAUGGAUCAACAAUCAAAGGACAUGUUUAUCAACACAGAGAAGAUUUUCCAGUGACUGUCAAUGUCUGGCUUGCUUAUGCAGGGGGAAAACUGUUUUGUAGAAGUGAUGACAAUGCUCAUCCCCAGUUGUGUGUGGUGGAUCCAAAAUCUUUAGAAGUUCAUUCUGCAUGCAAACUGGAUGGGAAAAGCAAUGGACCAAGUGCUUUGUUCAGUGAUGGUGAAUACAUAGGUCAGAUUGUUGCAGCAAAGGAUGACACAUUUGUAGUGAGAAUGUUUGACCCUAACAAGACUCCUAUGACAGUGGUCAAUGAAAUCCCUCUGAAACUGACCAGAAAGUGCCUGGAGGUGUUAGGUCAGUCAGGGUAUGACAGUGAAAUCAACAGGCAUCCUAUUGUGACAUCUUUUGAUGAAGAGUCAGCUUGUGUUACUGCUGGGAAGGAGUUUGCCCUCAUCAGAACUGUUGGAGGAAAGGUGCUUUACACUGGCAAGUCCCAGUGUCUUGGAAUCAAACAAGGUGGACCUGCCCAGGGGAAGUGGGCAGAGCUGCCCAUUACGAAAUCCCCUAAAAUUGUCCAGGUGGUGACUGGUCAUGAGGGACUGCAUGCCCUGAUGGUGGCUGAGGAUGGCAGUGUGUUCUUUGUGGGGACAUCUCGUAGAGGAGAAGAUGGCGACUCCAGUGUCUCAAAAGCAAGGAGACAACCAAAAGCUGUAAAACCUCGUAAGAUGAUCCGACUAGAGUCAAGAACUGUUAUGUACGCUGCCUGUAACAAUGGCAGCAGUGCUGUCGUAACCAGAGAGGGACAGUUGUUUAUCUUUGGCAAGGAUACCACAUUCUGUGAUCCGAGCAGUGGGUUAGUGACAGAGCUGAAGAAAUAUGAAAUAACCCAAGUUGCUUUGGGAAAAGCACAUGUGGUAGCCUUAAGUGGUAAAGGUCAAGUGUUUACAUUUGGAAUCAACAACAAAGGACAGUGUGGCAGAGAUUUCCCAUCCGCGGCCAGCAGAGAAGUGAUCAACAAUGUGACAAUGGCUGAUGAGGAAGAGGAGACAGAACCGGAUGAGAAUAUCUGCCCUCCAGGUAAACACCGAUGGAAACAUGACCGCUGUAUGUUGUGUUCUGUGUGUGGAAAGUGUACUGGGUACGGGGUGGACUGUGUGCACCAGGGUCAGGGGGACAGGAACCCUGGGACAGAAUGUGGGUGUGGUGCUGGGGACUCUGGGUGUUCUGAAUGCGGGAUUUGCCGUAACUGUGCAGUAGAAGUUCCUGACAUGGAUGGAGAUGACAUAGAUAGACAAAUAUUGGAGAAAAGUAAAGAACUACUCAGCAUAGAUCUUAUGCUAGGCAAAAAUAUUCCAUCACAUCUAGAGCAGUUUUUUAAAUCUCUUGAUGCUACACAUUUGAAGAAAAAACUUCUGAACUUGAAAGGAGGAAAAAACAAGAAAGAUAUGACAGACCAGGAAGCCGACUACACCAAGUCCAGCAGUCUCCCUCCCACAGAGCUGGACAUAGGCCGCCCUGACAACCCAGCUGUACAAAUCGCCUGUGGACAGCACCACACUGUUGUGCUCCUACAGAAUGGAGAGGUGUAUACAUUUGGCAGUAACCAGUAUGGCCAGUUAGGACAAGGAGACACUUCUGUCAAGGGUUGUCCUGUAUUGGUACCACUCCAUCACCCUGCUGUUCAAGUGGCUGCUGGAAGCCACCACACGGUGGUUCUUCUGAACAAUGGACAGGUGUACACAUUUGGAAACCAUGAGAAGCACGCCUUGGGUAGAGCAGGCCCAGAUGAGGCUGGAGCUAUGUCAAAGAAGGCAUGGUAUGCGGUACCAGGCCCCGUACCUAGCAUAGGAGCUCGUUAUGGCAGAAGAGCUACCUGGAUUGGUGCUAGUGGGGACCAAACCUUCCUCAGGAUUGACGAGUCACUCAUCAAUGCACACAUCCUGGCAGCCUCUAAAGUUUUUGCCAACCAGAAAAGCAUAGGUUUGAUCCCCAUUGGGGAGGAGAACACUGCUUUGAUGAAAUGUUUGAUGAUAAGCAAGGUGGAUGGUAGCUGUCGCAGUCUUGGAGGUGCUGAACAAGAUGAUCUCUCUAAGCAUGCUGUGUGUUUGGAUCCAAUGUACGAUGUGUUAUGGAGCUACCUUCCCAGCAGCCAUGAAGUGACCUGUUACAACUGCUUAGCCUCGGAGGCGAGAACAUUGACCCCAUGUGACCUUUUCAAACCAGAGUUAGCAGUUCCUGUCAGAAAUGGUUGUAACACCACCAGAUCUCAUUGUGCUCUACAUAUGUUAGGUUGUUUGGAUGUUUUAACAAUGGCUCAAAAAGCUAACCUGACAGUUGUUGAGGAAACUAAAGAAAAGCAGACAACUUCCAAAAUUUACACCAAGGACGAUUUCACUGUAGUGAAUAGAUUUGAAAGUCAUGGAGGGGGCUGGGGGUAUUCUGGUCAUUCCAUUGAGGCUGUACGGUUCAUGUCAGACACAGACAUUCUCCUGGGAGGGUUUGGGCUGUUUGGAGGAAGGGGAGAGUACUAUGGAAGGAUAAAGUUGUUUGAUCUGGGUCCUGAUGGAGGUGACAAUGAAGGGGAUGGAGAACUUAUAGGAGAGACAGAUGAAGUGGCAUUUGAGUGUGGAGCCAGAGAGAAGCAUGCAAUGCUGUUUGAUGAACCUAUCCCUAUCCAUGCAAACUCAUGGUACGUAGCCUGGGCCAGAAUAUCUGGCCCAAGCUCUGACUGUGGAUCAACAGGACAAUCUCUGGUUACAACAGAGGAUCAAGUCAUCUUCAAAUUCAAAAGUUCUAAGAAGUCUAAUAAUGGAACUGAUGUGAAUGCAGGCCAAAUCCCACAAUUGUUGUACAGAUUGCCAUCAAGGGACAGCCCUGGAACACCAAGAAAAGUAGAUCAUACAGAAGCUGCCCACAUCCUCAGCUCAGAAUUCUCAUGCUCUGUUUCACCUGAUAAUUUUGAGGCACUUCAGAAGUUGUUGGAGUGGAGUUGGACUUCUUUUAAUACAGCAUUACUGGAGACAGAUGGCCUAAAGGGAGAUAACUUAGCUGCAGCACUGGCUGAUAUCCAAAGACUUGUCUACAUCACCAGGGCGUGUCUGAGGCUCAUCAAAACCUAUGUCACACAGAUCUAUCCAAAUGGAGCAUCUAGCCAAAAAGCUGUAACAGAAACUGUGAAGUUAGCUGAGUGUAUAGGAGACACACAAGAUCUGCUGAAGACGAUUCUGGCUGACGAGGUCAAGGCUGCAUCAAAGGUCAAAAUGUUCUUGACAGAACCAGGAAAGAGGGAGGAGUUCCUUCCCUUGAAAGAAGAAAUCCUGAAGGAAUGUCAUCAGACAUUUUGUGCCUGCUUUCAUGCUUUCUUCCCAACAGGAAAUCUAAAGUGGCACUGUCUUUGUGAUCUUCUGAUACAAUUAGAACCAGACAUGGUGAAUGUAUCUGGCUACAGUCGUCUGCUGGCGGCCGUAAUGGAAGCCAUGUGUCAUCCCACCAUUAAGAUAACCAGUAUCAUGCCUAUCAACUGUCAGCCUGCCACGGAGGAAAUUCUCCGACGUCAGUCAGAUAUCAUGGACGAUAACACCAACAGUGUGGCCAGGAUGGGGGAGGUCCACCGAUUUCCCAUACUUGUUAGUCACAUGACAUCCCGAGUAGAGUUGACAGCUUUCCAAAGAGAGGCUUUGGGACUUCUGACAAAUCAUGUGACUUUCCGUGAAAUCCUGGACAAACUUCUGUCCAUUGUGACACUUCCUGUUCGACAGGCCCUAAGUAAGGAAACCUUGACGUAUCCCAGCAUCCUAGUGGCCAACACCUGCUCCUUACUGGCCACUAUCAUCAGUGAGUUGUCAGCUACAGCCACUGGUCUAGAGAUGGAUCAUGGGACAGCCACUCGCCCCCUGUUGGUCACCCCUAAUAGGUUCACUCGCACCAGUCAGCAUGCCAUGUGGAACAGUGGGAAUGGGAGUCCGGAUGCCAUCACUUUCUCUGUGGAUAAGCCAGGGAUUCUGAUUGCUGGAGUGUGUGUAUAUGGAGGAGACGGACAGUAUAACUAUGAACUGGAAUUCCUGGAUGAUCAGGGAGAUGGUAUCAGUAACCCUUCACCGUCACAGAGGUGGAAUGUCAUUGAGUCCGUGAAGGGAGUCUAUGGUCAUGAAGACUGUGUCAAUGAUAUCGCUGAAAUCAAGUUUGACAGACCUAUAGCUAUCAAGGAGGGGGUAAAAUACACAGUUCGUUUGAAGAACCAUGGCAGUAUGCGAACACUGAAUGGUGACGGAGGGGUCACAAAGGUCAGAUGUCCAGAUGGGACAAACUUUACAUUCCAGGCCUGCUCUCUGAGUUCUAAUGGAACCAAUCACAUGAGAGGUCAGAUACCACAGAUUCUCUACUACAGUGCCCCACAAGAAGGAGAGAAUUACCAAAGCAAUAAAUCCCUGGCUGAGCUUCAGGCUCGGAAGAAUGCAAUCGACAUAGUGAGUGCCAUUUGUAGGGUGGCUACAGAUGUCCUCAGGAGAGCCCAGUUUGCUACUGAGGGAUAUGCAGUAGAAGUUUUAGGAGUUGCAGACAUCUUUUGUUCCCUGCUACCAUUGAUUCUUGCUUACAUUGGACCAGUAGCUUCUCAGGAUCCCAGGGGAGCUGUACAGAUCCUUGGCAUAAUUCAAGAGAUUCUUCCAGAGGUGGCUCAACUAAACACCCAGUCCCCAGCACCACUCCCCGCCCCAGAUACCUCAGAGAAUGGCACCACCUCCCAGCACUAUGCCAUUGUUGAAAGUGAUCACCCAUACAAACCAGCUUCUGUCUCCAACUAUAAGGUGAUUUUCCCGGAGUCCGUUAAGUGGAUGGUGUUGGAGUUUGAUCCCCAGUGUGGUACAGCUCAAGCCGAGGACACCCUUCAGCUGUAUAUCCCUGCUUCUGGAGGUUCGGAUUUCAUCCCCACUGAUUUCUCCCCAGAAGAGGGACUCAGCACACAAAACUACUGGCCAAUGUGGAAAAAGUUCCAUGGUUCCAGUAAUUGGCCCAAAACGGCCAUUGUUUUACCAGGUCAUGAAGUAGUCUUUUCCUUAGAAACAGCAUCAGAUUAUGUGAAAGAUGACAAGUCCUGUUUCUUUGGAUUUAAGUGUGUAGUUGUUGGAUAUGAAUGGAAUUUUACACCAGAUGAGAGUGUAACAGAACUGGAAAGAGAGUUAUCUUACCUUGGAGGGAUGUGUGCAGCUUCCUUAAUCAAGAAAGAUGUUGCUCUGCCUCCAGUAACUGUUGAAGAACUAGAGGAAGACAUGGAAUAUAUAGAGGAAGGUUCCCAAUUGAUAUUCAGUGCUCAUUCAGAACUGCUGGGUAAAGGCUUUGCCCUCUCCCACCCUCCCACUAUCAUGCAAGCCCUGGAGGGGAACCUGCCAUUCUGUUGGCAGUCCAAUGAGAGGUCAUUCCUGAAGGACUUUGUGGCUUGUAAUCCAGGCACCAGUGGAGGUCGAUUAGCCAGAUGGCUCCAGCCAGAUUCCUACCUGGAUCCCAGUCAGUGUGAGUUGAUGUACAGUAAGGAAGAUCUCCGCUGUGGAUGGCCAGCUCUCAUCACCGUUUUGACCAAGGAUCAGUAUGGUCAGCUGGUCCACGUACCUAAUCUUAAGGUAAAUGUAAAGGCUGUCCCAAUUGACCAGGGUAUCUCUGGUGACGAGCGCAGGCUUAGAAGACUGAGUAGACCAGAUGAGGGAGACAAGAUAUUUGGGGGUCACCCUCCCCCUCCUCAGGACAUUCCCUAUGAGGCAACAGUCAGAGAGAGAAAGGACAUCUUCCAUGCCAUCAGCAUGAUGAAGGCAUAUGAGAACUACUCAUUUGAGGAGCUGAGAUAUGCUGCCCCUGCUGUACCUCGACCGAGUGAGAACAUGCUGGUGAGAUGUAAUAGUGAUGGGACGUAUGUUGCCAACUGGACACCGAGCAACAUAGGCCUCUACAAAAUCCUUGUCACUAUUGAUGACUUUGAUACAGGUGAAAUUUACAAGUUGGAAGUAAAAGAUCCACCCCAGGGAGUGACUCCACCCACCCAGACAGAGAAAAAACCACAUCAACCAAAUAAGAUGAGGAAAUUUGUUGCUAAAUACAGCGCUGGACUAAGAAUCCGAGUAAAUCCAUCUCUACAGAGCGAGUACAUAGGAGUCAUACAGCCUGAAGGAAUCAUUUCAUUUGUUGAUGAGAUUCACAAUGAUGAUGGGGUUUGGCUGAGACUGAGUCAGGCAUCCAUUAACGAGUGGUGCAAGGAGGGUCAUGUGGAGGGGUGGGCCCUGCAGUACAACCAACAUCUAGGGAAAACCCUGCUGGUCCCUGUGGAGGAGCCUAAACCACUAAUGGAGGAGAUCAUCAAAGAAACUAUCAGAAAAAAUCUCCAGGAUGUUGUCAAACCAGAAGUCACACCAAAAAGAGGACCAGGUGAAUAUCAGGUUGUAAAAUGUGGACCCUCAGGACACAACAUCAGGUGUAGGCCACACCUCAAGGCGACACCCAUAGGGAUGCUUAUUCAUGGGGAGAAGAUUACAGUUGUUGAAGAUGUGACAAAUGAGGAUGGUCGAUGGGUGAGACUGGAUCCAGAGAGUGUAGAGCAGUAUUGUCAGAACAAACAAGGCGAAGCCUGGGUCCUGGUUUCAGGGCGGGAUGGAACUGUGUACCUCAAACAUGAAUCUGACCUAGGAGGCCUGGCAACAGGAAAACAGAAUGACCCUUUUGCAUUUAACUCCCUCCCUCCAACAUUUAAUAAAGGAUUUGAUUUUUCACCACAGAUGCCAUUUGUGUUUGGUAGCCCUCCUUCAGGGCCAUUUGGAAGAAGUGCUAGUCUACCUGGAAAUGUUUUAAAUCCAGGAUUUUCAGGAUCAGUCAUUCCUACCUUUGGAAACCCCAGUGGUUUACAAUUUGGGGGGUUUGGAUCAAGCUUUGAGAGCAGCCCCAUACAGCGAGAUAUGACAAAAGUCAACACUAUGCCUGGUAGUCUCUCUGCCUCCCCGGGAUUCCUCUCUCCCUCCAGAAUGGAUAUUUCUGCCCAAACUGCGUCCCCCGUGUCCACAACUAGAUCCCCAGCUUCAGGCUCUCCAAAGUCAUCCAGAAGAGAAAUUAGCCAUCCCCUCCCUGCUGAAUUACAGGGUGUAUCUGUGAAGGAGCUGGUCAAAGCUCUAGGUGAGAGUCGAGCGAAUGGAAAUGGACCAACUCCAGUACCCUCCCCUCCAGGGACUCCCAAGAAAUCGGGGUCUCGAAGCUCUAGUCCCCAUCUUACCAUCACAGAAAAACAAGGUUCCCCUAGAACAGGAUCUCCAGUAGGGAGAUUAAGUCCUCGACAAACACGAGCAUCUAGUCUCACAGAUUCUCCCUCCCACAACUCAAUCAAGGAGGACCUGUAUGCCACACCCCCUGAUAGUCCUAUUGCACCAAUCCCCAAACGAAUCUCACUGAAGAAGGAGGUCUCCAGUGACAGACCAACACAGUCUCCACCUCCUUCCCCGUCUCUCAAACAUAAACAGACAGAUGUCAGCAAGAUAGCUCCGCCUUCAGGACAGGGUAUUUUGAGUCCUGCAAGGAGAGAUAGUUUUGGUGGACAUGUUUCACCAGUGAGAAGUACUAGUCCACAGAGAAGAGCCUCCAGUCCAUUACUAACUAGUCAGUCCAGGGCAUCACCAGUCAAUGCUGGUUCCAGGGCCUCCCCUCUCAGUGCUAAUGCUAGGUCAUCACCUGUCAAUCCUGGUGCCAGGGCCUCACCAGGAACAGGGGGCUCUCCCAUUCCAACCUUCAGUAUUGGUUCAUCCUCACCCAAAGAGGAGUCCAGGAUGUCUCCCAAGUCCAUGAGAAAAGACAGAGGGAGGUCUUUAAGGUCCAAACGCUCAGAUUCCCCCUCCUCAAGAGACAGUAUACCAAUAAUACGAGCUCGCUCCUCUUCCACAUCUGUGAUCUACGACAAGAAGGAGCCAGUGAAGGAGGCUUUGUCUCCCUCAGUAGCCGAAUGUCUGAGAGCUGUUUUUGCAGCAUUCUUGUGGCAUGAGGGCAUUGUUCAUGAUGCCAUGGCAUGUGCAUCAUUUUUGAAAUUUCACCCAGACCUUCAGAAGGAAAUGUCAAAAUUUGCUAACAGAGCUAAACCAGAAAAGAUGAGAGUAAGACAUGCAACAGACUCUAGUAAAGAUAUAAACAAGAAGAAAGAGAACAUUAACAUUAAUGAGUCCAGGGUGAGAUUUAAACUAGAUCCAAGGUUUGUUAGAAGUGACUCUGAAAAGUCCGACAAGUCUGACAAGUCAGAUAAAGAGGAGUCAAGCAAAUGUGCAGAGAAGGCAGAGAUUCAGCGAACCAUGUCAGAUGGCAGAAAAAUCAUUGAGGCGCGACAGAAGAAGGCAAUGCGGCACAAGUCAGAGGGAAAUGUUGGAUUCUUUAAGGAAGGGAUUGAACCAGAUAAAGACUCACCCCUCCCACCCACACUUCAUCAUUUGGUGUAUUUCUGGGAAGAGAUGUCUUCUGGUGUACUGAAAGUCAUUGACCAAAAACAAGUCAAUCCUAGUCCUGCUGUAAUGCUCAAAGCUAAAAAGAGUGAAAAAAGGGAAAAAGAGAAAGAGAAGGACAAAAAAGCUAAUCGUAAAAAGAAGGAUGAGAUUAAACAUAUAUGGAGAGGAAAUGCUAUGGGGGACAUGAUGAUGGGGCCACUGGGAGGGAGGGAUGGUGGGGAUAGGGGGGAGACACAGUGUGAAUUGUGUGGAGGAAUGUUCCCCCAUCCUGUGACUUACCAUAUGAGACAGGCUCACCCUGGCUGUGGACGACAUGCUGGAGGGAAGGGAUACAAUAGCAGUGGGAUCUUCUGUGGGGGUUGGGCAGGGAACUGUGGAGAAGGGGGACUUGGGGGAAGCAGUUGGUACUUAAUUUGUGAGAAGUGUAGGGAAAAGUGCCUAAAGGAGAAAAGACACUCACAAAGAGAAAAAGACAAAGCUAAAAAGCAGAAGAAAAAGUCAUCGCAGAAUCGCCAGCAGACAGUUUUGUAUACUCAAGAGUCGCAUGCAGUUCUAAAGAGUAAUGCUAUGUUCCUGUUAGAUCUGGCAAGUGCUUCAGGACUAACACUCCCUACCCAGUCAAAAAAGCUUCCUCAAAGUAGGUCAGAUCUGUUACUACCCAGUGUCAAUGAGGAAUAUGGGAUGGAACUGAACCCUUUUCCACCAGUUCCCUUCCAGUUUCUUGCAUUACAAGGAGGCCAGAAUGCAGAUUCUGCAUUUGCAGAAGAAGUUUACAUAGAUGCAGAUGAGAGGGUGUUUGUUAGAUCAGGGUCAAUGAGCAUCAGGGAGAGACAACCUGCUUACAGACCAAGGCUACCAACUGAACCACGACAUAGUCCUCUGGCAAGAUCAGGGUCACUGGGUCAGGAUUCAAGGUCACACAUAUCCUCCCAUAUCUCACCACCCAGUCCAAGAGAUUUCAAUUCAGAGAAUGCCAAUCAUGAAACAAAACAGAUUCCAAAGAGUGCUGGCACCAGCCCAGAUUCUAGUGAUGAACUGUUUGGUAAGAGUCGAGCCUUCCAGAGAAGUCUUUCAGAAAUCGUGCCGGAUGACAGCAAGGAGCAGGAUAAUGACAAGAAGAUGGUGUCUGGUCGCCGCAGGAAUAAUAGUGGAGGUGUAGGAGAUGGUGGAAUGUCUUUGUUAAAGCAUCCAUCUGCUGCCAUGGAGAAGUUACUACACACGGUGGACAGGAAGUGUCCGGAGGAUGAUGAGCGAGCUCUGCAGAGGCCUGUGAUGUCAUUCAUCACACAGAGACAUGACCUAGAGGGGCUACAGCUAGCAAUGAAGCAAGCCUUGAGGAAGUCUGCAUGUAGGGUGUUUGCCAUGCAGGCACUGAACUGGCUACUGAGGAGCAUCACCCAAACUGUGUGUUUACAUGAUCUCCUCUGGUUCUUUGUGUCCUCACUGAUGCCCUCAGGAGGAGAAGAAGAGGAGCAGGAAGAGGAGGAGGAGGACAAAGACAAGGAGAAGAAAAAGAAGGAUCCUCCUAAAAAGGACCAUGAGGAUGUUCCUCUGUGUGACCAUCCCCUAUCGGACAUAACCAUUGCUGGGUCAGCGGUAGAGCCCCUUCCUGAGGUGUUCCACAUGCUGCUACAGACCAUAGCAGAUGCCAUGAUGUUCCUGCCAUGGGGAUCAGCAUUGCAACAAGUUGCGGUUCGUUGCUGGUGCCUGAAGUUUCAGCCCUCUGAUCACCAAUUCUUACACGAGUGUCAUGUGUUCAGUAACAUUAGCCGCAUCCUGAGUAAGUCAGAGGAAGAGAGAGAGGAGAAUGCAACAGAGGCUCCACAGUCAUCUGUCAAGAUAUAUCAGCUGAAAGAUUUGACCCCAUCCUCAGACAUUUCUGUCUCAAGUCGGCAGGCCAUGAUAGCUAGCCUGACGGACAAUUCCACAGAGACAUUCUGGGAGAGCGGAGAUGAGGACAGGAACAGGUCUAAGUUUAUCACCAUUAAAUGCCACGUCAAGGCUUCAGCCAGGAUCAUCUAUGUACACAUUGAUAAUGCCAGGGAUCUGGGGAGCAAAGUUGGGAGUUUGAGUUUCUCUGUGGGGCCUUCACCAGAUGAGUUGAAAAAGUUCCACCAGGUUGAUGUGGAGUCACGUUAUGUGGGCUGGUUGUCCUGUCAGUUUUCUGUCCCUCACAUUCGUGUGAUACAGCUGGAAAUGAAGGGACCAGACCACAGCUUGAGGGUGAGGCAAAUCAAGAUCCUUGGUGAAAUGGAGGGGCAGGAGACUUGCCUCCCCAUCAAAAAGUCAGCAGUGGACAUGCAGAAGGAGAACUGUGAAUCAGAGACACUCAGGGUCUUCAGAAUGCUUACAUCACAGGUGUUUGGCAAGUUGAUAACACUGGAUGGUGCAGGGAAAGUUAAGCUUGUGGAUGGAGCUGGAGGUGAUAGCUUGGAUGGAGAUCAUGAUCUCAAGGAACACAUGGUGGGAAUCCUGUUUAGUCGCAGCAAGCUGUCCCACCUCCAAAGACAGGUGUGUUCACAUAUUGUACAAGGCAUUAGGAAAGAAUCCACAAAGAUCCGAGAAGAAUGGGAGGCUAGUCUGAUAAAUCCUAAUCAUAUUCAUCAGACUGGUGAUCAGGAUGUGUAUUGCUUUGAACUGCUGUCCAUGGUGUUGGCUCUCAGUGGCUCAAGUGUAGGGAGGGCUUACUUAGCUCAACAGUACCCCCUGCUACAGGAUCUAUUUAGCUUGCUUCAUACAGGCACUCCAAGGGUUCAGAGACAGGUGAUCUCAGUUCUCCGUAGAGUUUUACAAGAUGUAAAACCACAGACCCUGUCCAGUAUACUGUCUGUACCAUCCCUACCUCCUGUAGAAUACAGCAUUGUCAGCCUAGCCAGUCGAGACGAGAGUGUCAUUUUUGACCCGGAACAACCAGGUCUUCUAGAUGUUUUACUAGCAUGUAUCAGCAAGGCUUUGACAGUACAAACAAAGAUUAAGAUCAGUGGACCACAAAAAACGAUUACUGCAGUUAAAGUAGAAGACUGUCUUGGAUCAACUGCCUCAAAAUCUCGCUGGUGGUUUAGAGGAAGAAUCAGUGAAAGUUUAGCAAACAAUGUCAUUACACUUAUUCAAGACAUGGCUUCUGGUCAGCUGUCAGAGACAUGGGCACCAGUCACCAAGGCAGCCAUUGCUGAGUCUAUUCUGAAUCUUACCAAACUUGGAGAGAAGUACAGGGAUCCUCAAGUCUGCCUAAAAACUCCAACACUGUGGUUGUGCCUGGCUUCACUUUGUGUCUUGGACAAGGAUCAUGUAGAGAGACUGACCUCUGGUCAAUGGAUUAGCAGUCCUAAUGGUCAGCAUGGACAGCCUAGGCCUACCUGUGAUAACCAUGACGAUGGAGAGACACAGGCCAUUAUUCUGUGUAGUGAGUGUGGGAACCUGUGUGCUGACUGUGACCGAUUCCUUCAUCUACCGAGGAACAAACGAUCUCACCAGAGACAGGUGUUUAAGGAAGAAGAGGAAGCCAUUAAGGUGGACCUGCAUGAAGGUUGUGGCAGAACCAAGCUCUUCUGGGUGAUGGCUCUUGCUGAUUCUAAAGCUCUCAAAGCCAUGGUGGAAUUCAGGGAAGGGAAGUCUACAGCUGCCACCUCUGGUCCUGGUAGAUGUCGAUUUUGUGGAACCACCAGUAAAACAGGAGUGUUGGCUGUGGGUAAUGUCUGCUCUGAUCCAGAAUGUCAGGAACAUGCCAAAAAUGCCUGUCAGAAAGUGCUGGCUUGUGGACAUCAGUGUGGAGGGAUUGCUAAUGAGGAAGAAUGUCUGCCCUGUCUACACAACUGUCCACCCUAUCAGGGCAAACUCAAACAGGAUGCAGAUGACAUGUGCAUGAUCUGCUUCACUGAGGCACUUUCUGCAGCCCCAGCUAUUCAGUUGAAAUGUAAGCAUGUUUUCCAUCUUCACUGCUCCAGAAACAUACUGGAGAAGAGAUGGGUGGGACCUAGGAUUACAUUUGGAUUUUCACUUUGUCCAAUAUGUAAGAACCCAAUAGAUCAUCCUAUAUUGAGAGAGUUACUAAAACCAAUCCGAGACUUGUUUAGUGAUGUAAAGAGAAAAGCGUUGAUGAGAUUGGAAUAUGAGGGACUGCACAAGGCAGAGGCUAUCACCACACCAGGAGCUCGCUUCUACAAAGACCCUGCAGGAUUUGCCAUGGACAGAUAUGCAUAUUAUGUCUGCUAUAAGUGCAAGAAGGCCUAUUAUGGAGGGGAGGCUCGCUGUGAUGAACAGAUUGGUGUGGCCGAGGACUAUGAUCCCCGGGAGUUGGUGUGUGGAGGCUGCUCGGAUGUAUCAAGAGCUCAGAUGUGUCCUAAACAUGGAACUGAUUUUCUGGAGUACAAGUGUCGGUACUGUUGUUCUGUGGCUGUUUUCUUCUGCUUUGGCACCACUCACUUCUGUAAUGCAUGCCAUGAUGAUUUCCAGAGGGUGACGUCUAUUGCCAAGACGGAAUUGCCUCACUGCCCAGCUGGGCCCAGAGGGAAACAGCUUGAGGGUGAGGAGUGCCCCCUUCAUGUCCAGCACCCACCCACAGGAGAAGAAUUUGCUUUGGGGUGUGGAGUUUGCAGAAAUGCACACACUUUCUGAUUGGCCAACAUAGUAUAGAAAGCUUGCAUAUUUUUGCAUAACUUAUACUGGCGUAGGAUUUUAAUAUCUUUUCCUUCAGUGUUGGAGAAGAUAAGACAAACAGUUUGCAUUGUGAUCCAAAUAUUAACUUCCUUUAUCAUGUGAUAAGUUUUGGACAGUGUUCCUUUUUAAACUUGUAUAAAGAUCUUGCUAUUUUUUUUGUGCCAAAAUGCAAUUUAGAAAAAAAAAAUCUUUACUUAAUGAUUUAUUGUAAUCUAAUUGCUUGUCAAGAUUGGUAUUGAAAUUGUCUUCUUAAGACAAAAAAAAAAUAAUUUUUGAAGUACUGUAUAUUGACUUAUAUUUAAUAAUGCAUGAAUAAAAAAUGUUUAAUAGAAAUCAAUAAAAAAAAAGUUAUAAUGGAGUAAAUCAUGUAAAUUUAAGUACUGCUUGUAUAUUUUGAUCAUUAUUUUAUUGUUUGAUGAAUAUGGUAUCAGCUUAAAAAGUUUUUUUGUUUGUAAACCAAAUGUCUGAGUGUGUUAUGAGUUAUAUAUUUUGAGUGGAUUCCAAAUGUGAACAUUCUAUUUAUCUUUUUAAUUUCUCCAGAAAUUUAGAAGUUGGAACUGUUUUAAGUCUCCUUGCUAAGCAAUACAUGUAUUAAUUUAAGUGCUACUUGUUUGCUACCACCAUUUGUGUACACUCGUGUACAGAGUACGUGUAUUCUUCAUAAUACCUCUACUUCUAUUGUGUCAUCUGUGACUGUGAUUUUGAAUAAAUGAUAUUAAAACAA